UGGAAGAAACUCACUGCACUGGGCAGAAAAUUCACGAGAUUUGAAGAUAUGAAAUGUUAAAAGCCUUCUCUAGGAAACGCUUGAAACAGUUUGUGUGUGCUGGCAAACAUGCCGUUUGAAUUCCACUAAAUGCGUCCUCGUCAUGCUCGUGGGAAAAUUCAACUUGCGGUAAGCUGAUCUGCUAUGAUUGCAAUUAAUCGAACCACAUUUUGUUGAUGAACCACCAGCAACAACAUCAACAACAACUGAACAAGGACCAUUGCGCAUCGACAUUCUACCUGACGACGUACUCUUCCAUGGACAGAGUUUUGGAGUUUUAUUUUGAAGUCACUGUGAUGAUUAUCACCAAUUGGCACCAAUGAAUAGGCAGAGGAUGUCUGGUCCCAGCAAGCAGGCAGCGAGCAGGAGACUACCCCCUCUACCAGCCCACAAACGCAGUCCAGCCACCACCAGUCCUCAUGCUUCAAGCAAAGGCCACUCUGUCUACCUGGGUCCUAGCCCACCUAGUCACACUACUGGAGGAAAGUAUGCACACAUCCAAGGACAUUAUGGUUAUGGGAUCGCACGAUCUAACCAUGAUCGCAUGAUAGUCACUGGGCAGUCAUCCACCCUAAGUAACGGUAUUGGUCGACAUCGCGCUGUCCUCACACAUCCUUCAUUCAGUGAAUCCAUUGAAGUUUUACCAGAUCAUAUUCUCCAAGAGCAGGUGCGUAGUUACCUGAAUGAAAACCCUGCCUUUUUGGAGGAUUAUGUCUUGAGCCAUGUUGACUAUGACAUACUGGAGCGAUGGACGGGACAAGUUCGUGCUCAGAAGCACAAGGUCACCUAUAGCAGAUCCAGAAGCAUGUCACGGGAGAAUUCUGGCAAGAGUGGCUCCAGUCAAGGCACCGGUCCGCCUUCGCCCAAGCCUCAUCAUUGGAAGAAAGGUGUGACACUGCACGACAGGAAGAAGUUGGUGCAUGAAUUAACCCAAGAUGUCCAGCACUAUGCUAGUCGAGUACGCAUCUUGCAGGAAAUGGCCAAGUGUGUGGCUACACAGAUCCAGGCAGAUGGAUACACACUCUAUCUGUUGACUGAGACAGGAACAGAACUCUAUGAGUACAGUGCAGAACACAAGGGAGAGGAGCCGAGUGUUACCUGGCCAAUAGGAAAAGGCAAAUCCAUUGCGGGAUAUGUAGCCCAUUCCCUGCACACUGUCAAUACCUCAGAGAUACGUACGGCUGAUUAUCCUGAGGGAGUGGUAGCAGAUGGUGUAACAGCCAGUGCUGUUCUUGCUCUUCCAGUUUUACAAGCCAAUGAGGAUUUAGUUGGCGUGAUUGAGUUCUACCGUGACACUAAUCAUGGGCAUGGCUCAUUCACUGAGGAUGCGCAAGAAACAGCCAGUGCGUUCCUGGUAUGGGGGUGUAUCGCCGUUCAUUAUGCUCAGAUGUAUGUCAGCAUGAGUAAGCAGAGAAAGCUGAAUGAUUUCCUCUUGACGGUCACAAAGUCUGUUUUUCAAGAUAUAAUCAGCAUGGAUACGGUUAUCAUGAAGAUCAUGAACUUUGCGCAGAAGUUGGUUUCAGCAGACCGGGCUUCACUGUUCCUUGUCGACAAUAAAACCAGAGAGCUGUAUGCCAGAAUAUUUGAUGUAGGCAAUGGCAUAGGCAUGCAGGUUGUUGAAAAGGAACAAAAAGAAAUCAGGUUUUCCAUGGACAAAGGUGUUGCUGGCCAUGUUGCUUCCACUGGGCAGGUUCUUAACAUCCCUGAUGCAUAUCUAGAUCAACGGUUUAACAGGGAUGUGGAUCAACAGACAGGCUAUGUCACCAAGACUAUUCUCUGCAUGCCCAUAUACAACAGAGGAAAUGUGAUUGGUGUGGUGCAGAUGGUGAAUAAGAAGCAAGGACACUUCACUAAAACAGAUGAACAAGCCUUUGAGACGUUCGCUGUGUUCUGUGGUUUGGCUCUACAUCAUGCCAAGCUUUAUGAUAAGAUCCAUCGAUCGGAGCAGAAGCAUAAAGUAGCUCUGGAGGUCCUGAGCUAUCACAGUCAGUGUCAUGAAGAAGACCUGGAGAACCUCAAGAAAGUGGCUUUACCAGACCCUAUGCCUCAGCUUGCAAGGUACGACUUCUCACCAUGGGGACUGGAUGAGGAGGCCAAACCUCUGUAUGUGCUGUGCAUGUUCCAGGAUAUGUUCACUCUUAACGGUGAUGAUCAUAAUGACAACUCAGAGAGGUUUGACUAUGAAGAUCUGUGUCGGUUUAUCCUGACUGUAAGGAAGAAUUACAGGAAGGUUCCUUAUCAUAAUUGGACGCAUGCAUUCUCUGUGGCUCAUAGCGUAUACACUAUCAUCAAGACCUGCCAAGAGGAUACAUUUACUCCUGUUGAGUGUCUGGCCCUGUUUGUUGCCUGUCUCUGCCAUGACCUUGAUCAUAGAGGCAAGAACAAUUCCUUCAUGGUCAACAAUGCUACACCAUUAGCAGCUGUAUAUUCCACAUCUACUAUGGAGCAUCAUCACUUCAAUAUGACUAUCACUAUACUCCAGAAUGAAGGACACAACAUCUUCAAGCACCUAACAUCAGAUGAGUACAAACAGGUACUGAGUGACAUACGACACGCCAUCCUAGCCACUGACUUGGCCUUGUUCUUUGGCAACAAGGCUAAACUGAAGGUCAUAGUGGAGGCUGGACAGUUCUCAUGGACCAAUCCGGAACACAGAUCAUAUGUGAGAGCACUGACAAUGACUGCAUGUGAUUUGGCGGCCAACACAAAGCCCUGGUUGAUACAACAACAAACCGUUAAGGUUAUCUUUGACGAGUUUUAUCAACAGGGUGAUGAAGAAAAAGCACAGGGCAGGAAUCCGAUUCCCAUGAUGGACCGUUCCAAGUCACAUGAACUGCCAACCAAUCAGGUGUCAUUUAUUGUGGGUAUCUGCCUGCCCUGCUAUGAUCUCCUUGGCCAGCUUGUUCCCAGUGCUAAGCCGAUGUAUGAUGGAGCAGCGAGGAAUUUACAGAACUGGUCAGCCAUCGUUGCCAAGCAGAAAGCUGAAGAGGAAGAAAACCUGAAGCAGGAAGAGCUUGCAAAGCAGGAGGACCAACGUGAAGAUGGAGAUAACGCACAAGAAGGUCCAUCUGCCUCAACAACAGAGAACAAAGAUACAAGCAAGACCGCAGCUACAGCUAAGAGUCAAACAGCAAAUACAGAGCAGUCUAAACAAGCUGACAAAAGCAAAGACAAUCAAGUGGAGGUGAGAACGUAGGAAGUGACCAUCAAGUGCUCAUCAGAAUUGGUCUCCAGAUCUGAUGAAGACUCUCCACCGGUAGUCUUCAUCCUCGUCGUUGUUCUCCUCAUCAUUGGCAGCGUAAGGGAAGAAGUCAGUAUAACGGCCUCCUCGUCACCAGGGCCGGGACUGGGCCAUGUCAUGUUUGAUGACUGGUCUGGCUUAUACUCGACCCUCCAGCUCCCCUCUCAAAGAACACUGCAAUCUCCCACAUACUCUCUUUGUAUCAUACAGCCCUUCAUCAUGCUUCAUUAUCAAGCUGUUGAUAUUAGGCCAAAAAAAGUCUCCAGUUUCUGGCAUGGAGCUUGCCCCAAAAGUGGUACGGCGACACGGGGUUUUUU